ACAUACACACAUGCACACACACACACACUGGGAGUGAGUGGAUGAUUGCACGAGCAGGAAGCGCUGACCAUACACAGAUAGAGAGAGAAAAAGAGCUAGAGAGAUAGUCCGAGAGAGACAAUCCAGCACUCACACUUUUAGCUCAUACUGAGAGAACACAAACUACAGGCGUGCUGCUGUGGAGUUUCCACACCGUUUUGUGGAAGUACUUCUGAAAGGCGAAGCUCCUCUCCAUUACUUUGCCCUGGGGACACUUUUGUUUCUUAUUCAAAUAAAUUGGGAUAUUACAUGUGACAUGCUGCCCUCGUUUCCACGAGAACUGCAUCUUUCUUCAGAGUGCUCUUUAAACGUGCAGAGCCCUGGCUGUUCCCUGAUAAAGGCUGUUGGUGUUCUUCAGAGGGAAUGACUGAACGCUGAGGAGCCAGGAUUGUUUGCACGUGUGGGACACUUGUGAAGAAGCGUCGGGAGGCAGAAGAGAGAAAACUGUUCAAGAGAACACAAAGGAGUGGACCAGGCACAAACAUAUAACAGUUUUGGCCAAAAAAUGGAUCUCCCUCCUUUUAGGGGUUUAUCUGAUGUACCCUGAUAUCGGUCAACCUUGCAGUUCAGCCCAUACCCUGGUGGUCUGGAAAGAAUGGAUCCAGUACCACCUUUUCGGAUGGACCCUGAAAGCCUGGAUCUUCAGCAAGUUCCUGUAUUAUCUAUUGACCAGAUCCGUGCAAUAAGGGCUAAUAAUGACUAUGUGGAUCGACCUGUGGCACUGGAGCCUGCAUCUCAGGUCGGUGUCUUCUAUGCACAUGAUGAGCGACGUCCUCAGAUGUCUCACAGUCAAAGUCAGCAUCAACAUUCCCACUUGGCCCACUUGAGUCGCUCUAGUACUGUGAGCUCCAUGUCUCGCGGCAGUGCUGCUUCAGACCAGAGACUUCUUACGGGACUAACACCUUCCCAUUCUGGCCUGGCUACUGUGGUGCGUUCUCAACCCAAAGGAGAUUUGAAACCUGACUCGCUAGGCAAAGGACUAGCUGAUGGUGAGGACUUGGGCCUGCAUCUAUUCAUCUGUGAACGUUGUGGCCACUGUAAGUGCCAGGAGUGCUGUACUCCUCGAAAUUUGCCCUCCUGCUGGACCUGUGGCCAGCGCUGCUUAUGUUCAGCUGAAAACGUCUUGGAGUAUGGCACUUGUCUGUGCUGUGUGAAGGGUGUGUUCUACCACUGCUCAUCAGAUAAGGAGGACAAUUGUGCCGAUCGACCGUGUUCCUGCUCUCCGGCUCAUGCCUGCUCCCGCUGGAGUGCCAUGGCCUUCCUGGCACUUUGCCUGCCUUGCCUGUGCUGCUACCCUCCUGCCAAGCUGUGCCUCACUUUGUGCCAGCGUGGCUAUGAUCGUGCCACUCGUCCUGGUUGCAGAUGCAGCAACACCAACACUGUGUGCCGCAAGAUCUCUGCCACCAACCCUGCACCCUUUCGUAAAACCCUAGAAAAGCCUGUAUGACAGCCUGAAUAAACCUCUCGCAAUCCUACUUUGAGGAAGAACCUCUAAUGCUGAAACUUCUGGGGAAUUCUGCUAAAUGAACUGACCUGCUCUAAACCAAUCAGGCCUCCCUGCAUCAUGUCCAUUAUCAUGUAUCCUAAAGCCCCCCCUUUUUUAAACCCUCGUCUAUUUAUUUAUUUAUUAGACUUUCCAGGAUAGAGUUGGGUAUGUGGACCAUAUGUAACAUACAGGGAGUAUGCUAUCAGGAUAAAUGCAGAGGCUGUAGGCAUCGUUGUCAACAGGAAGUCAGCACAGAGUGUGUCUUCUUCAGCCUUACUGAAUGGAAAAACUGUAAGCAAGCUGGAUACAGGACACUGGUCAGGGAGAGGAGCCCAACCAAAAAAAUCUGACUUUGUAAGUCAAAUCUGUUUGACACCAAAUAUGGGACCAUUUUAAAUCAGAAUAUUAAGCUCACCUAAGAGGGAUGUGUUUUAAGACACUUGGCAAAGAGAGACAUGUGUGUGUGUAAGAAUGAAUGUGUGUGUGCAUGUUCAUAUGUGUAUGUGUGUGCAGUCUCAGGCCGGCAUCUGCUGUCAGCAGAAGCCUUUCUUUUUAUUUUUAGAGGAGCUACUCUGAAAGAUAAAGUGUCUGGUCAGGUUUCCAGCCCAGGGCAGCCUGACGCCAACCUCUCCCAACCACUCUUAGAUCCUCAACUCUCUUUUCCUCUGCUGCCCAUUGUGCUUUCAAACUGUUGAACAACGAUAGGAUCCUUGACCGUUUCUGCAUCCAACCAUGCUGUGGGACCAAACAUUAAAUGGGACUGUCUGGCCACCUUUGACAGUGCUCUCAGGAUGGGAUACAAGCCAUUCCUUGGAGAGCUCUUGGACAGAUUUGCUAGAAAACCUGUGGGACCAUGCUUUAGUUUAACAUCAGAACUGGGCGGUAUCAGCUCAAAAAGCUAUCGUGGUUGACCAGAUCUGCCGAACAUGGGACACGAGUAUCUCUAAGGACAUUGGGCUUUCCUGAGCUUCUCUGGUUGGCCCUGAAUGCUUCACAGGAAGUGAGGUUAAUGGGGACUAUUGUGUCAUCUGAUGGGAAGAAGGAAUUAUAUUGAGACCUGGCCAGAACAAGGUAGAAUACCACACUUGGGAACAAGAUGAAACGUAUGCAUUGACAUCUGAUAUGGAAGAUGAAUGAAUCUGUUUCGAUUGUGUGUGUUCUUCCCCAAAAAUGCACAUCCUUGUGAAUUCCUUUGCUAUAUUUUUGUAUGUACAUAGAAUUCUUAUUGUAUUUGUAUUUUUUAAUCAUUUGUUUUAAUCUGGUUGAUAUUAUUACCAUUAUUUUCUAUUACUGUUAGACAUUAACCUCAGAGACCUGACUAUUACUAUUAAGACUAACCAUAAGGCUGAUUUUGUAUUGUAGAGGAGAGGUCCCUUGUGUGUAUCAGUCCCUUGUGUAUAUGCAGUACUUUACAUUACCAAAUUCGUAAAUGGGCUCUUUUUGGUUUGGAUUUGUCCUAAGAAUAGCAACACUUCACUUAUGAAAAAAAAUAUAUUUUAUAUACAUAAGCUAAACCAUUACUGUUUUAGGUCACACCCAAGCUCAUAGAUCCAAUCAUACAGCAUGUUUCUCUAACUGCAAAUAACAUGUAUUACUAUCAGAGUUCAUGGCAAGCAUUGACAGAAGACACCUCUCCUCCACAAUCGCAUCCCACAGAAAUGGCUUCUCUAAAGAGGGUCUAUGAUGUGGGUUUUCAGUGUGUAGGUACAUACAGUUUACAAGAAUGCCUAACUGGUGCUGUCCACAGUCUCUAAGUUAACCACUAAAAAGUUCACCAUGUUGUAUUAGUAAGUAUUUCUUUGGUACAAUUGGCAUCUUGUAAGUUGUAAAAGAAUUAAAGGAGAAUAUAUAAACAUAUAAAUAUAUAUAGAAAUAUAUAAAAAUCUAUACAAAUGAAUAUAUUAUAUAUAAAUAAAUAUAUAUAUACAUUUUACACUUUUUUUGUUGCUGAUAUUAUCAUAAAGUCACAGAUAUUUAUUUAAAUUGUUGCAAGAAAAGCUAUGUAUUUAUUUCGGAUGAAUGAAAAGAUGUUAAAUGAAAAGAUCCCUGUGAUUAUUUCAGCUUUUUCAGCGUGGAUUGGUGGGUGUGGCCAUAAGGCCAUGGAUAAUAAAUAAAAUUUUUCAAAUA